AUGCAACCUUCAGUGAUCAUUAUCAUCAAGUACAUCUUCCAGUUCCGUUUCAUUGCCUUCAAUGAUCCCCAGGAGGUCUCCUCUUCUCUCUCCAAGACGCACUGUUACCUCAAAAACCACGGUCUGUGGCGUGAUGAUACGGAGUUUAGGCAGGAUCUGGACCGGGUGGUGGAGGCCAAUAAGGCUUCUGUACGUUUGGCCCCCUGGAAUUGUUUAUUCUAUACAGACGUGGUGUCCUCUCCGUUGGCAAUUGUUACCCAAAGCUCUCCGAGCCCC